AUGGGGGAUCACUUUGUUUUGCUGGUCGAUCGUUUGUUGACCGAGUCGACUUUAGGGGCCGCCAUCGAGAGCCAAAACUUGUUAAAGCAGGAAAAGUCGGUGAUAAUUGAUGAGACAUUCAUGGAAUGUUCGGCUCAUGAGAAAUGUGAAGCUAGCAGUUUAUCCCCAAGGAAGUUGGUCGAGUGCAGAAUUUGCCAGGAUGAAGAUUUCAAUACGAAUAUGGAGGCUCCUUGCUCUUGCUCUGGGAGCUUAAAGUAUGCUCAUCGGAAAUGCGUACAAAGGUGGUGCAAUGAGAAGGGUGAUACCAUUUGUGAGAUAUGCCAUCAGCAAUUCAAGCCAGGAUAUACAGCGCCUCCCCCAAUAUUUCGAUUCGGUGGACUUCCCGUGAAUAUAAGGGGAAAUUGGCAAAUUUCUAGAAGAGACUUGAACAAUCCUCACAUUAUUGCUAUGGUCUCGACCGAUCACAGUUUACUGAAUGCAGAUUAUGAUGAUUAUGAGGUUUCUACAUCACGUACCAUUGUUUGCUGCCGCUCGGUUGCCAUAAUAUUUAUGAUUCUCUUAAUUUUGAGGCAUACUCUUCCUGUCAUAGUUAGUCGAGGAGGGAAUUACUCGUUCCCACUGAUCGUGCUAUUAAUGCUACGGAUUGCUGGGAUUAUUGUCCCGAUCUGUAUAAUACUGAAAGCAGUCACUUCCAUUCUACGUCGACGACAACAGUCUAAUAAUGUGUUGACCUCUGUGCCCGAUGAGGAAGAUGGUCAACUUACUUUGCACCACCCGCGUGUGAUUACCGUGCAAUGA